AUGCCAGAGGCGGGACCAGCCACGCAAGCAGAGACAAAAUUAGGAAACGAGGACAUGGACACAACUGCAGCUACCUUCUUUCGUGGCCAGAACAUCAAUGCCCGGGCUGCGUUGAUCAGUGGCCCACCUGGUAUCGGCAAAACCACGACCUGCACCGGCCGGCUUGUGGCCAAGCUCCACAGCGGCUACGAGGUCCUCGAGUUCAAUGCUUCCGAUGCACGUGGACAGAAGAUCAUCCAGGACAUGGCCUCCGGUAUUGCCGACAACCGAACCCUCAGCUUCGGCGAUGUGGGUGCAAAGAAGGUGCCGGCUUUGACCAAGAAGGCGAUCAUCAUCAUGGAUGAGGUGGAUGGUAUGGGUGCCGGUGACCGGGGAGGCAUGGCAGCUUUGGGCAGGAUGAUCAAGAAGACGCGCAAUCCCAUCAUGUGCAUCUGCAACGAUUCGCACAGCCCGAAGGUUCGGUCUUUGGCGUUCAGUUGCUACGAUCUAAAGUUUUCCAGGCCGACUAAGAACACAGUCGCGCAGCGCUGCGCGCAGAUUUCGGCUUCAACCGGUCUGCAGGUGGAGACGAAUGCUUUGGAGGCCCUGGCAGAGUCUAAGACUUGGACUUCCUUGAAGCCGAUGCGGAUCCUUCCGGUGUCAGAGUCCACUCGAGCUCCGGUGAGGUCGUGUGGCAGUGACAUGCGCAUGGUGCCAGCCCCACCAGCGGUCGCUCCGAGUUACAGAGUCUGCUGUAGAUACAAGCAGCUCGAUGAAAGCAGCUUUCGCUUUGUGCUUGCUGGGCUCAAGCUGCACGUUCUGAAUCAAUGCUACCUCUCCCUCUCCCUCUUGCUCCCAUCCAGCAUAGUUGACCGGUUUUGGGCAGCAGACGGCUCUACGAAGGUUGCCCACGGAUGCUUGACACAUCUUCAAAGUUGGUCGCGAGAGGAUUUGCGGCACUCUUUUGAGAACUUCCGAUCUGCCGGCGGGCAUGCGGUGAACUGCAGGCAGCUGGGGCAGAUUCUGCGAAUCAGCAACUUCCACCUGACGAAGGACAUUUUUGACCUCCUGCUUGGGCCCGAACAUACAGAUCGCGGUCUUCUGGAUUUCUGGUCUGUCAUAGGUCCCAUGGUGGUGAUGUCUGGCCAGCACUACAUUUCCAGAGUCAGCUUCCUUUUCAGCAUCUUCGACAUGGAUGGAGAUGGCUGCCUCAAUGAGUCUGAGAUCAUUCUGGCCGUUCGUUCGGUGUUCUUCGGUCUGGCGCGGUUCUUUCCCAAAGCAAGUCUGCCGGAUGGCAGACGACUCGAACACCUGGCUCAGGAGAUGUUCCAGCGUUUCGACGCAGAUGGCUCCGGGCUCGUGAGCAUUGGGGAGAUCGUGAACUAUGCCUAUCGAAGCGAGGGCCUGCUGCGGCUCUGUGAGCCGUUCCCUUCGCGCGAGAAGCAUGUACAUGAGGAGCCCGUCCACUUCCUGGGCACGUCGGCCUCCAGAGGACACAAGGCCCCACGGUCGGGGGAGCCGAGUCUCAGUCUGAGGCGUGACCUCCGAAUGGCUCCAGACCCCUCGCCGCCCCAAAGCGGCCAAAACUCCGCGAGCUCCAGCGCCAGGUCCCGUCACUACGACAAACCGUGGCAGCGGGCAGCCAACCGGGAUGGGCUGACGAAGGCCCAUGCAUGGGUUGCUUGGAUCUGCUUUCGGCUAUUUGCCGACAAGGAGAACCCUCGCAUCAUCCAUGCUACAGAGCUUAUGAACCUUGUCAGCAGGGGGCGAGUCAAGGUCUUCCCCAUGAUCAACGCAGCUGUUGAAGAAAGCCGGGACUUGGCGGAGAACAUUGCGAGCGAGCAGGAUGAGCUGGGCGCAGAUCGUCUGGUGGUGAGUGUGAGCCAGGCGAUGCUGGCAAAGGAUUUCGCCGAGCGACUGGAGAGGUUGAGUGGGCCGGGCACCGGUGGUGACGCGGGCGAAGGAGGAAUCGUCUCCAUGCGCAGCUUUCUGUGUUUGCUGUGGCCCAAGGCCAGUGAUGGCGCCAUCGAGUGCUGCGUGCGAUGGUGCCAGAGCUUCCAUGCCCACCAGGUGCUGGCAUCCCUUCUCCGGCAGAAGCGGGCCUCCAUGCGACAAAGCAGGUUCUACCGGAAUAGCAUCGAAGAUCCCAUGGCAAUGCAGCGGGCGGCAAGUGGCCGGCAGCCAGUCGCUGUCGUCGACAGCUUGAGCCGUGAGGACCUCCAGGUACUCUUUGAAGCAUUGGAUUUUGAUGGCAAUGGCAAGCUCUCCGCUCGAGAGCUGUGCACGCGAGGUGGGCUCAGUACCAAAGAUGCCCAGAAGCUUCUCCGAAUCUGGGACCAGGAUGCAGAUGGCGAGCUUACCAGCAAGGAGCUCUCAAGCGUGGUGCAGGCAGUUGACCCGGCCCUGAAGCAGCAGGUCAAGGUGCUGAAUCAGCUCCAGAUGCUCACGAAGUCCGACGUCCACAUGGCAGAAGGUGUCAAAUACAUGGACAUGAAGGAGAAGAUGCGCCAGAUGAACAAAGAUCAGGCCAUCAUGCUGGGCCCUUUUGACGCUUGUAAGAAGCUGCUCACCCAUUCGGAGGGCGCUCGGCUUUCCUUCCGAGAACGGCUCGACUUGUUCUUCGUGGACCACUCCCUGAUGGGCCUCCUUGUCCAUGAGAACUACUUGAAUGCCAUCUCCAAGAAGCCGGUGAACAAUGAGUUGCUACAGCGGUGUGCCAACUCAGCCGACAUGAUGGCUGUCGGGGACAUCAUCGGCGCAAGGAUACGGGAGCAUCAGGAGUGGAGCCUUCUUCCUGACUUGGGCAUCCUGUCUGCCGUCUAUCCUGCGUUUACCACCCAUGGGCUGCGUCCUCGGAGCCAGUGA